AUGCCACCGCGCUACAUUUUAACGGUGCGAGGCGAACGCUAUAAAAACUCGAGCGGGGAGAAGCCUUCGCUUCGCAUGACGGCGGUCAUCUCGCGGGUGCCUGGCGGUCGCAUCGACAGCGGCGAGCUGAGCACGUCCCUCCCGGCCAUGACUACGCGGUUCAGGAGCAUUCCUGGAUAG